GUAUUUGGUAGAGCAGAGGCGCUCGAGUUCGAAUCCAGUGUGUAACAUAUCGUAUCGCUGGUUGGUCGUGUAGUGUGUGAAUAUGGCCCCCGAAAUUAAAUAUACGAAGCUUUUCAUCAACAAUGAGUGGGUGGACGCAAAAAGUGGCAAGACGUUUGAAACUUACACCCCGCACGAUGGCUCCACCAUCGCGAAGGUGGCUGAGGGAGACAAGGCCGAUAUAGAUUUGGCGGUGGCAGCGGCAAAGGCAGCGUUCGCGCGUAAUUCCGAAUGGCGCCUUGUGGACGCGUCCCAGCGCGGGCGCAUAUUGACCAAGUUUGCGGACCUCGUGUCCCGGGACAGAGCCUACCUGUCCCAGCUCGAGACCUACAACAACGGCAUGGUGGCCGGCUUCUCUACCAUGCUGAUGGACAUGGCCAUAUCGAACAUACGAUACUUGGCCAGCUUGGCUGAUAAAAUUCAAGGAGACACGAUUCCUACAGAUGGAGAUUCGUUCACUUACACCCUGAAGCAGCCGGUUGGCGUUUGUGGUCUUAUUCUGCCAUGGAAUGGGCCAAUUGCUAUCUUUGUCAACAAAGUGUGCACUGCGUUAGCUGCAGGUUGCACAGCAGUGGUGAAGCCUGCCGAGCAAACGCCUCUGACGGCGCUUGCGCUCGCCGCGUUGCUCGCAGAGGCUGGUGUCCCCAAGGGAGUGGUGAACGUGGUCAAUGGCUACGGGGAAACCGCUGGAGCUGCGUUGACACAUCACCCGGACGUCGCUAAGAUCUCCUUCACUGGUUCUGUUGAGGUCGGGAAAUUAAUCCAGCAAGCAGCUGGAGCGAACAAUCUGAAGAGAGUGACCCUCGAACUCGGGGGCAAAAGUCCUCUGAUCAUUAUGGAUGACGCUGACUUGAACUCGGCAGUGCCAUACGCAGCGAACUCGGUAUUCUGCCACCAAGGGCAAGUGUGCGUGGCCGCAUCGCGUCUGUUCGUGCAAGCUGGCAUCUAUGAUAAGUUCGUCGAGGCAGCCGCUAAGUAUGCGCAGGGCAUCAAGAUUGGCAACCCUGCGGACCCUACCACGCAGCAUGGGCCACAGGUUGAUGACGUCAUGUUCAAAAAAGUUUUGGCGUACAUAGAGAAGGGCAAGCAAGAAGGAGCUGUUCUGAAGGCGGGAGGAAAGCGAGUCGGGAACUCUGGCUACUACAUAGAGCCUACGGUCUUCGCAAAUGUUAAGGACGAUAUGACGAUUGCCAAAGAAGAGAUCUUCGGCCCCGUCCAAAGCAUUUUCAAGUUCGACACUCUAGAGGAGGCCAUCGAGCGCGCCAACAACACCAGUUAUGGCCUAGCAGCUGGCAUCUUCACCUCUAACUUGAACAACGCGUUGCAAUUCAGCAAGCACGUGGAAGCUGGCAUUAUUUGGGUCAAUACUUACCUGGCUAUGGGCCCACAUGCUCCAUUCGGCGGCUUCAAGGACUCCGGACUCGGUCGCGAAAAUGGCAUGAAGAGCAUAGACGCCUACCUUGAGGUCAAGACUGUUACCAUAUCUUUACCUAAGAAAUUCUAAUUAGAAUUUAAUGACUAUGGUUGCACCACCCUAUUUUAACCGUAACAAUAACAAUAACCGGUGCUUUUUGUAUGGAGUUUGACAGAUUUUUGACGUUUGUCAAAGUUAAAGUAAGAUAGUGGAACCCAGCCUAAUGUAUUCUCGGAAUACUUAAGGC